AUGAGAGAAGCUAAAGCCAGCAGCAACAUGCCUUUGGAGCUGCUGCUGCAGAAGCAGCAGCAGCAGCAGCAAAUAAAUAAGGGAGACACAAGCCAGCAGGGAAAAAAGCCUGUAGAGCUGCAGCAGCAGCAGCAGCAGCAGCAGCAGCAAAUAAAUAAGGGGGACACAAGCCAGAAAGAAAACAAAACCUCUGGAGCUGCAGCAGCAGCAGCAGCAGCAGCAGCAGGAAAAUAA